CACUCUGGGAAACCCGACCAGUGUAAACAUGGCGGCUGUAGCGGGUCGGCUUCUGUCCUUCAGUAAGAAUGUUAAGGUGCUGGUUUCGCCUCUGAGGGUGACCGCUGGACCAGCACACCGGUACAGCGUGGAGGUCUCCAGCACCGGCGAGGUGGUGACCCACACCGGCCAGGUGUUUGAUGAACAUGAUCCCAGGAGAGCCAGGUUCGUCGGCAGACAGAAAGAGGUGAAUAAGAAUUUUGCCAUUAACUUGGUGGCAGAGGAGCCAGUGUCUGACAUCGAGGCAAGAGUGGUGUCUUGUGACGGGGGUGGAGGAGCCCUGGGUCACCCCAAAGUCUACAUCAACCUGGAUAAAGACACCAGAGUGGGCACAUGUGGCUACUGUGGAUUACAGUUCAGGCAGAGCCAUCAUCACUGAGACGCUCCCCUCCGUUCUUCCUUGUCUGUGUAAAUUGUAAUUCUGUUUAAUAAAUUAAAUCCACCCUUAACGUUUGUCUGGGUUCCUGU